AUGGUGCUCGCACUGGCAUUGAAAGCAGAGCUCAAUGGAGUAACAGACCUCCGUCCCCACGAUACCGAAGACGCGCCGUUUUACUACACAUUCAAAGUCCAAUGUACAUCAUGUCGCGAGACACACCCUAACUUCGUCUCAAUAAGUCGCUUCGAGCAGAAUGACAUGAGCGGCAGCAGAGGCGAGGCCAACUUUGUCUGGAAGUGCAAGAACUGUAAGAGAGAGCACUCGGCGAACAUCAAAGCCGCACCCGCGACAUACGAACGGACCGAUCCACCCAAGACGGUGAAUAUCCUAGAGUUUGAUUGUAGAGGAUUAGAGUUCACCGAGUUCAAGGCCGAGGGAGAGUUUCUUGCCAAAGGAGCAGAGACCGUUACCAAGUUUUCCGGCAUCGACUUGUGCGAGGACGAGUGGUUCGAUUACGACGAGAAGUCUGGCGAGGAAGUUAGCAUAACGGGCGUUCAGUGGGAGGUCCGACGCGCCUAG